AUGAAUUCUACAACCAAGAAAGAUUUCUAUCUCUUGGCAUUUUCCCACUCUGAGGAAGAUCAACCUUUACUUUUUAUGGGGCUUCUCAUGAUCUACCUAACUACUGUGCUGGGAAACAUGAUGAUUAUUGUACUUGUAUGUCUGGUAUCCCAGCUGCACACCCCCAUGUACUUCUUCUUGUGCAACCUGGCAUUCCAGGACAUUAUCUUUGUCUCUGCCUUCCUGCCAAAGCUGAUGGUCAUCACAAUUACAAUGGACAUCAGCAUUUCUUUUCCCAGCUGUAUAUCGCAGGUUUUUCUGUUUGCAUUCUGCAUUGAUACAGAUAUUUUCUUAUUGGCCACUAUGGCUUAUGAUCGCUAUGUGGCUAUUUGUAUUCCUCUACGUUACUACAUCAUCAUGAAUACAAGAGUGUGCGUCCUGCUGGUGACAAUGGCAUGGAUUUUGUAUAUUCCUAAUGCAAUGUGCUACUCUUUGCUUUUAUCUGGUUUAUCAUUUUGUAAGUCACAAGAUGUUAAUCAUUUUUUUUGUGAACUUAAAAUGCUGCUGGAGAUCUCGUGCAGUGACACCUCAUGUGUAAAAACAAUUAUGUCAGCUGAAAUGCCUUUUUUAGGGAUUCUUCCAUUUGUACUGAUCCUGACAUCCUAUGUGUACAUCAUAACUACCAUCAUAAAAUUGCAAACAUCAGCUGCUAAACUCAAAGCUUUUUCCAGUUGUUCCUCACAUCUAACAGUUGUAUUGCUGUUCUGUGGCACCUCAAUAGGGAUUUACAUUAAACCAGAUUCGAAGGAUUCUCAAGAACAAGAGAAAUUUCUUUCUUUGCUUUAUAUUGCUGUUGUUCCAAUGUUAAACCCAUUAGUGUACAGCUUGAGGAACAGACAGGUUUGGACAGCUGCAAAGAUUUUACUUGCAAAAUAUGUACCUAGAGCACCAUUAUAA